AUGAUCCUUAUCUUUUGCAGACUUGACUUCUGCUUCGACGACCAUGUCGACCCCUGGAUUCUGGUCGACAGUGCCAUCGACUGCGGCCAAUUCGAUAACUGGGCGCGCAACGAGCCUGCUGAGUACUGCAACAACGGCCUGCGCAAGGGCAACGCUCUCUUCUACAUCAACCGCAAGUUUGGCUCCCUUGGAAAGUCGUUCAACGUCGACUACAAGAACACCAACGCGGCCGAACCCCACCGUGGCUCUGUUUCUGGCAGCUGCUACCCUGUCCAGGACGUGCAGUGCAAGUGCCACUCCAGAUACAACGCUGAGAAGCACGAUUGCUCGAACAGCUGCAGCGACUAG